AACACCUUCAUCAAUCCAUCCAAGCAUUUGCGUUGCCGCCGGUAACUACUUCUCUUUCAUCAUCUUCGUAUUUCCAUUGGUAAUCCUUCUUUACCUCCUGUAGCGUUUAUUGCUCCCUUUGAUUCACAUUGCAUUCAUGGUCAGAGGCUCAUAGCCCCCUCAUUCUGGUGAACAGAAAAGAUGACAAAGAAGAUGUUCAGUUUAGGCUACGUCUUAUCAAUUCAACUAUGAUUUUUUUUUUCUUUUCUUUAGCACUGUUGCUUUUUAUACCUGCCAAAUAAUUACGGGAAGGAACUUCCAAAGUAUUACAUUAGUCAGAAAGAGUUUUCUUCAUUUCAUAUCUCUUGUUUAGUCAUACACUCAACUUCCCUGGAAGUAGCUGCCACUUUUUUUAUAACAUUUUAUCGAAUUAUUGACGAUAUCCGAACAAACAUCUGUCACUUUCAAUAUGUACCUAAAGAAAUUGCAGUUUGACUUUUUGUUUUCUGAUCAAGUCAGCAAGGCACGAUUUCCUGAGGCUAUUUGGUAUGUAUACAUGUAUUUUCUCUUUCUCUUCUCCCAUUUAGUCCUUUCUCUUGCGUUUUUCUUCCUCGCAAAUAUUUUCAGCUGCUUUCUAGAAAAGUUUGAGCAAAAUGGGGAACUGUGUCUCACUAGAAAUGUCCAGCGAUGAGAACGGCAUGCACAUAGAUGAGGCAAAUCUCGAGGCUCUUCAGAAGGCUAUGCAAGAACUCAAUAAGAGACGAGAUGAUUUGCUAAGAAAAGUUCUCAUAGAAGAAUAUGAAGGUUUACAACGGCUUGGUCAAGUCCAGGGAUGGUUUUCAAAAGUGGAAAAUGUUGAGUCUCAAGUCAAGGAUCUGCUUGAGGCUAGGUCAACUCAAACUAAAAGAUUGUGUCUUUGCGGUUAUUGUUCUCUGCAUUUCAUAUCAGGUUGCAGUUAUGGUGAAAAGGUAUUAAAGAAGUUGAACGAAGUUGAAGGACUUCUAACUAAUGGAGUUUUUCAAGUGUUGGCGGAGAAAUACUUUAAACCUAAGGGGGAGAAGAAGCAUAUCCAAACACCUAUUGGUUUGAAUAAAAGGGUUGAAAUGGUACUCUGCUACCACCAGUUAUAUGCAGAAAAAACUUUCGGUCUUUAUGGUAUGGGUGGAAUAGGCAAGACCACUCUCUUAGCUAGUAUUAACAAUAUGUUUCUUGAAACGGUAAAUGACUUUGAUGUUGUUAUUUGGGUUGUGGUCUCCAAUGAUUUGCAAUAUCUGAGUAUUCAGGAACAGAUUUUGCGAAGACUAAGUCCUGACAAGGAUUUGGGACAAGACACAGAAGAGGAGAGAGCUUCUGAGAUAUACAACAUCCUUAAUGGGAGGAAGUUUGUGCUAUUAUUGGAUGAUCUAGGGAGCAAAGUAGAUCUGAACAAGGUAGGUGUUCCACCUAUAACUUAUCAAAACAGAUCAAUAAUAUGUUUUACCACUCGUUCUGAGGAAGUUUGCAAGGACAUGGAGGCUGUUGGUAUAGAAGUUAAACGUUUGUCAAUAGAUGAAUCUUGGGAAUUGUUUCAAAAGCAACUUGGAGGAUUCACUUUAAAUAUCCAUCCGGAUAUACCCGAACUUGCAAGAGCAGUUGCUGGUAAAUGUAAUGGUUUGCCUCUUGCACUCAGUGUCAUUGGCAAAACCAUGGCGCAGAAAACUGUACAAGAAUGGAGUCACGCGAAGACUGCUCUGAAUUUGACUAGCGGCGAGUUUCUUCUUAGUAAGGAAGGAGGGAUUCUUCCUCUUUUAAAGGUCAGUUAUGAUAGUUUAGCGAAUGCAAAAGUCAAAUUAUGCUUCCUAUAUUGUUCUUUAUUUCCGGAUGAUUAUGAAAUAGAGAAGGAUGAAUUGAUAGAAUAUUGGAUAUGCGAAGGAUUUAUUGGUGUAAACAGAGAUAAGGAUGGAGCUAACAAGGAAGGUCUUGAUAUAAUUAAUUUGCUGGUUUCUUCUCAUCUACUGAUGAAUGGUGGAGUCACAACGAAAGUGAAAAUGCAUGGUGUGGUGCGCGAGAUGGCUCUUUGGAUAGCGACUAACUUUGGAAAACAGGAAGAAAUACUUUGCGUUAAAUCCGGUGAGUGGUUACAACAGAUACCGGAGGACAUCAGUUCAAAGGUUGUAAGAAGGAUGUCUUUAAUGAAUAAUCAGAUUGCAGAGAUAUUUUGCAGUCCCAAGUGCCCCGACCUUUUGACCUUAUUGCUCCAGAACAAUAAGCUGGUGGAUAUCUCAGGUGAAUUCUUUAGGUUUAUGCCAGCAGUUGUAGUCUUGGAUCUUUCUGAGAACAAGAGCCUUAUUGGAUUGCCGGAAGAAAUUUCGAACUUAAGUUCCUUGCAAUACCUUAACUUGUCAUACACAGGGAUAAAAUCAUUACCAGCUGGUCUGACGGCAUUGAGGAAAUUAAUCUACUUAAAUGUGGAUUAUACUUAUAAACUUGGAAGCAUUGUUGGGAUAGUGAUGAGUUUACGAAAUCUCCAAGUGUUAAAGUUCUAUAAUUCCGGUGUUUGUAUUGAUGCCAGAUUACUGGAAGAGUUACAACUCUUGGAGAACUUAAAGCUUUUAAAAGCUACGGUCGAUGAUGCUGUGAUUUUGGAGAGAAUACAAGGAGUCGACCGAUUAGGGAGCAGUAUUCAAAGUUUAUGCCUCAGAAAGAUGUCAGCAGCGGUUGUGGUAUUAAACACGGUAGCUCUGCGUGGUCUUCAACGACUUGUAAUUCGGAAUUGCAAAAUACUUGACAUAAUGAUAGAUUGGGAAAGCAAAGAAAGGAAGGAAGUUCUACCAAGUACAAGUUCUCCAAGCUUCAAGAACCUAUCCAGUAUUUUGAUAAGUGAUUUGGAAGGUCCAAGGGAUUUGACAUGGCUGGCAUUUGCUCAAAAUCUCGUGUAUCUAGAUGUGAUGAGGUCAUCAAGCAUAGAAGAGAUAAUAAACAAAGAGAAAGGAAUCAGUAUUAGAAAUGCUCAUCCACAUUUUGUUGCACCGUUUAGGAAACUGGACUACCUUACGAUAGCCGACAUGUCUGAAGUAAAGAUAAUCUGCGGGUAUCCUCGGGCUCCUCGAAAGCUGACAGAAUUCAUUGUCAGAAAUUGCCCAAAGCUGCCACUGAGUUUGAGAGACAAGGGAGAUAGUAGUGGGUGGAUCGGCGAAGAAUGAGAGAAGUAAGCCAGUGGAUGGUUCCUCACAGCUACAAACUACUAUUCAAGUUACUAGAGAUGCUUUUGUUUGAAAGACCUUAUAUAUAAACUCAGUGUGCAUUUCGAGACAGUGUAAUAAUUUUAAAAACUUGUUUGGCUCAAAUCUCUCAUCGUGUGACUGCUUCCUUCUUUCACUGUUUAA